CCUCCGCCUUUUGUUUUCGCAGAUAGUCGGCACACAAAGCUAGUCCCAGAUUUGAGCGACGGCAAGGCACCCUGAUGAGUGAGCCUCGGGAGCGCAAUGGAUUUGACUAAGAUGGGCACGAUCCAGCUGCAGAACCCCUGCCACCCCACCGGGCUGCUGCACAAAGCCAACCAGAUGCGCCUGGCGGGGACGCUGUGCGACGUGGUCAUCAUGGUGGACAGCCAGGAGUUCCACGCGCACCGGACGGUGCUGGCCUGCACCAGCAAGAUGUUCGAGAUCCUCUCCCACCGCAACAGCCAGCAUUACACCCUGGACUUCCUCUCGCCAAAGACGUUCCAGCAGAUCCUGGAGUACGCGUACACCGCCACCCUGCAGGCCAAGGUCGAAGACUUGGACGACCUGCUCUACGCCGCCGAGAUCCUGGAAAUCGAGUACCUGGAGGAGCUGGGGCCAGAGCCGUCCGCCGCUGCCGCCCAGGGCGAGAAGCCCCUGGGCAUCUACUCCCUGCUGCCGAACCACAAGACUGAGCCGGUGCUCGGCGUGCCACCCUCCGUGGCGUCCGCCCUGCACGUGCAGCCGGCCCUGGCCGUCUCCAUGGACUUCAGCGCCUACGGGGGGCUGCUGCCCCAGGGCUUCAUCCAGCGGGAGCUGUUCAGCAAGCUGGGGGAGCUGGCGGCCGGCAUGAAGACGGAGAGCAGAGCCCUGGGCGAGCAGUGCAGCGUGUGCGGGGCAGAGCUGCCGGACAACGAGACCCUCGAGCAGCACAGUUCCCGCUGCGUACCCCAAAACUGGGACGCGGAGCGGCGAGCUCGGAGGGACAGCUGUCGCAACUUUUCGGGUCUGGCAGCCAUGCCAGAAGGUUCCUUCCAGCGAGUGCCGGCUGGGGAGGACAGCCCAGACCCGCUGUACGAGGAGCGGCUGGCUUGCUGCACGCCGGCAUCACCCGUGCGCAAAGGCAGAGUGCCGGGGGGAGCGCUUGCUGGAUGCCGGCACGGCGGUGAGCGGAGGAUGCCGCGUAGCAGUCACAGCGGGUGUGAUGCCAAAGCGCAGCCCCGCAGGGUCAACGCCACCCAGGGAAGCAAACGCUCUUCUCUUCGUGCUCGGUACAUCAGCGUCACCAGAUGCCCGAAGAACGGGGAUGAUGAUUUUGGACGGCCGAACUAG